UCAGUUGACACAGCAGCGUUUAAAAGACUAGCGUCCCGCACGCGCGGCGACUCAAACGACGCUGAGGCGCGUCAGAGCGUUUGGGUUCUUCUCCUGAAAUCCCUUUCGUGGAGUACAACAGCAAAUUUGUCGUCCUUCACAUAUUCGAUCAAUGGCAUUCAUCAUGAUGAAAAAGAAGAGGUUUAAGUUUAAAGUAGAUGUGGAGCUGGAGGAGCUGUCAUCUGUCCCAUACGUGAAUGGAGUUCUGUUCUGCAAGGUUCGACUAACGGACGGAGGCUUUUCAGACGAGUCCUCAAGAGAGCCAGUUCUGGUGAAUUGUGUUAAAUGGAAGAAAAAAUUCUCCUUUUUAUGCAAGAUGAGUGCUAAUGCAGGGACAGGGGUGUUGGAUCCAUGUGUUUUUCGGGUAUCUGUAAGAAAGGAGCUCAAAGGUGGGAAGACGUUUGCAAAGCUUGGCUUUGCUGAUUUAAACUUGGCUGAGUUUGCCGGUUCAGGAAGCACCACACGGCGUUGUUUAUUGGAGGGGUACAACACCAAAAACACUCGUCAGGACAACUCUAUACUGAAGUUAAUAAUCAGUAUGCAGCUAAUGUCGGGUGAUCCCUGCUUUAAAACGCCUCCAUCCACUGCAAUGACGAUUGGUUUUCCAGGAGAAACAGAGACAUGUCUACAUGAGGACAGAAGAGGAGAGACGCAGAAUGCAAUCUAUACAGAAAACCCAGGAAAAAUUGGCUUCAGUCAUGGUUCUGUUCCAGAUGAACUGGGAAAGUGUGGUCACUCAAGAACCGCCAGCUACGCCAGCCAGCAGUCCAAGCUUUCCGGCUACAGCACAGGUCACUCACGCUCCUCCAGCCUGACAGAGUUCUCUCAUCGGAGGAACUUGUCUGUGGGCAGUGCCUCCACUGGGGUUGGCAGCCUACCAGAGCCCAGUGAGGACAGAGAGUCUCGCACACAGGCUUGCACACCUUUACCCCACCACUUAGCCACACCGUCCCACAGUGGGAUCACAGCCAACAGGCACCCUGUAAACAGGAUUCGGUUGAGUCUCAGCUAA